AUGGCGAGCGAGCAUCUGCGUAACUGCCUUCAGGGCGCCUGCACGCCGGGGAUCCCAGGAAGGGGCGGUAAGAACGGAAUCGGAGGCAGAAGUGACGGCGUCGAGGGAGGCAACAGUGGGUUGGGCGGCAGAAGUGAUGGGAUCGACGGCGGCAGGAAGGGAAUCGGAGGGAGAAUAGACGCCGGUGGCAGCAGUGGGUUGGGCGGCAGGAAGGGGAACGGAGGCAGAAGCGAAGAAGGCUGCAGCAGCGAGGGCUUUGGCGGCAGGAAGGGAAUGGGAGGGAGAAUCGAAGGCUUGGACGGAGGCAGGAAGGGAAUGGGAGGGAGAAUCGAAGGCUUGGGCGGAGGCAGGAAGGCGGUUAAACUCCUAGCGGCGUGA